UAGAGGGUGCUGUGUUCCGGUAACGCCCACUUCUUCUUCGUGGAGUUUCACACGGCUUCCAACCUUAACGCCAACUUCAUACGUUUUGAUGAUCGGAAGUCCUACUUAGUUCCACUGCGUGGCUUUCGAUAUAAAUGGGCAAACUAGUGUAAGACAAUGGAGACCAGCGAAAAUGCCACAGCCCAGACUGAUGCUGGUGGUGACAGGAGAUGAUUUUGGCUAUUGUCCCAGGAGGAACCAGGGCAUUGUGGACUGCUUCCUAGCGGGAGGGAUUUCCAAUGUGUCACUGCUGGUUAACGGCUAUGCUGCCAAAGAGGCAGCAGAUCUGGCUAAAAGACACAGCAUCCCCAUCGGCCUCCAUGCCAACCUGUCGGAGGGCGCUCCAGUGUGUCAGAACCGCCUACAGGUCUCUACACUGACCAACCAGCGUGGAUUCUUCCAUGGGAAGAUGGGUUUCCGUAAGGCUCUGGAGAGAGGCCAGCUCAGCAUGAAACAGGUGGAGCUGGAGUUGAGGAUGCAGGUGAAGCUGUUCAGGGAGCUUACGGGACAUCUCCCCUGCCACAUGGAUGGACACCAGCAUGUCCAUGUUCUGCCAGAGGUGCGAGAGGUGUUUGCUCAGGUCCUGUCAGAUUUCAGGAUUCCAUUCACUCGUGUUCCGGUGGAGCCAGGUUUACACAGCUGCACGUGGCUGCCAGCACACCUCCAGAGGUUCUACCUGCAGGUGGAGAAGGACGCUCAAGACUCCAUCCCUGUCUUCUCUCGUCAUGGAAUCAGGUGGCCAGAUGUGUAUUUGGGCCUGACCACCAUGGGCCAGAACAUGUCCAUCCACAACCUGGAAAGGGCCGUGGGUCAGGCCUUGGCUGCAGGACCCUCAGGCACCACUAACAGCAGCGCGUCGGGCUCCAGCCAGCCUGUGGUCAAAGCAGAGCUCAUGGUCCACCCAGGUUACCCCAGUCACCCACAGGAGGGCGGCUGUGGAGAAGGACCCGAUGACUUCUCGCAGUCAGCUGAGAGACAACAUGAACUGAGUGUGCUCAGAGACCCGUCCCUGCUAGACCUUUACAGCCAGGAGAGAGUGCAGCUCUGUGCCUUCAAAGACCUCUGACCCACACGUGUUGCUCUACAGAGAGCGAGCGUGUUUUUAAUUCGACUUCUGUUAAACCUCAAGUUAUUCCAGCCUAUAAUAGUGUGUGACGUGGCUCCCUGUUAAAUGCCUUUAAUGACAGUACAAUGUAAAGCUAUUUAAUGUUUUAGGUUCAUUUUAUGCCAUUUUCCACAAGCCCAAAGCAGUCACGAGUUACAGUUCUUCUGAAGGAAACAGAGAAGUCUGUCUAGAGCAGAGAUUACUCAGGAACAUGUUGACUGUGUGACAGACAGAAGGAUGUGAGCUGUCUGCUGCCAAACGUUAGGAGGAGUCGGUAAAGAGGACGUAAGUGCUUGUUGAAGCAGGUUUUGUUUUGCACGUACUGUAAGCCAUACCCGGUGCUGCUGCCAGUACACAUCCAGUCACAUCUGAUGGUGUUGCACUACUCACAUGCUGGCCAUUGCACAUAUUUAUCACCAAGUAGGUUUUUCUGAUGUAACUUUGUUCAUCAUUGUGUACUGCACAUGUUAACGUUUUACCAGAUGUCCUUUUUGUUCUCAUGUCAAGAUCCAGAAUCAACUGGAAACUCAUGAUGACUCGAUGUUGACCGAGCACCAUGUACCAGAUCUCUGCUGCAUUUGUUGGGUAAAACAUUAAACUACAUAUAAACUAGUGUCUAAAUCAAUGCCACAUGGUAGAACACAUGUGGUACAUAGUCAUACGUUUUAGCCGAGGAAUAUGAUGAAGUACACAUUGAGGCCCAGUCAGGUUUUUUCAUUUCCAUUAUCUGAUCUUGCAUUAUUCCCACACAGUGACCUGCGGUCAGGUGGUUUCCACCAUGGAUAAACACAAUGUGCAUUGGAGCACAAUUUUCAGUGAUCUUGGUUCUGUGUAGCACAAUUGUAGCAUCAAACAUCUAUUCACAGGUGUGUGUCCCAUAACAAUUUAAAACUCACCUGUAACAGCAACGUAUAUAUAAAAUAUAUUUUGUCUGCGGAUUUGAUGUUUUUGUAUUAGGUCCCUGUUGACUGUUUUAUAUGAAUUGUAUUUGAAUUCAGAGAUUUUAAAUGAAGGGCUUACAGCAGUGUAAGCUAAUAAAAGAUGUCCAACUAA